ACUGGAUAAUAAGGACUGAGUGUCAUUUCCCUUCUGUCAGAUAGCAAAGACGUCCUCAGCCUCACGUAAUCCUGUCAGGCCUAGGGCUCCUCCUCAGCUCCGUAAUGGGCCACCUAACUGGGGCGGGCCUUUAAGGCGUUCUGGGCCCAAGCCCGCCUGUAAACCCUCAUGGUGUGACCUCUGACCCCUGGUGUGAUCCUGAGGGUAGACUGGGACCAGCCCCUAGUGUUGGCUGUGGGGGCAGCCAUGGAACUGGGCAGCUGCUUCAAGACCUAUGAGGACUUCAAGGAGUGCUUCAGCGCUUACAAGAAGGAGAACAGGUGCUCCUUCAUUCUCAGGGACUGCGUCUCUGUACGGUUCCACAACCUCAACCAUGGCACCUCCAUCCGCGAGGACAUCCUGACACAAAAAACAAGAUGACAAAGGGCGAAAAACAAGACUGGAGAGAUAAGGCAGAGGCCACGCGGUGAUCACCCCCCACUAGCCUGGCCAUGCUACUGGACUGCUCCAGCCCUUCCUGGCAUGGAGCUGGAGAUGGUGACACCCCUGCACUGUGCACACAGCAGAUACAUGCAGGUGAAAUUUGUCUGUAUUCGGACCCAGUCGAACAGGAAGAGAACACGGGAGGCAGACAUGUGCCCAGCGUACUUGCUCCUGAGGUACAACGAGAGACUCGAUAGACUAUUCAUCAGUGAACUAAACACCCAGCAUAUACAUGGUGACGCCCAAACUGCUGCUGUUGGAGGAGACACCACUGGCAAAUCUCAAAAGACAAUGUGGCUACAGAAACUCCAGUCUGUGCAACCAACAAUCAAUAAAGACCUUGACAAUGAAAAGUCCCCGGUUGAAACGUUGUUUUGCAUAAAUAAGGUACAAGUGCCCUCAAAGCCAGAGCAGGAAGGCAUCACUCCUUCUGACCUGGCCAAGAUAGCAAAAGUGAUGAAGAACUUCCUUAAGGUAGAUGAGGGUUCCAUGGCUUCCUUCAGUGUGGGUGACAGCCAAGACCUGGACCGCCUCAGCUUCCAGAGCAGCAAAAUGAGUGACCUGUUCAUCCGCUUCCCAGAGAAUCUCUUGCUGCACCGGGUGGAGAAUGCCCAAGGCCACAUCCUCUAUGCUUUCUUGGUGGAGAACAAGGAACGAGAAGGUCGAGUGGUACACUUUGCUGUGCUCAAAGCCGAGACAGCCACCUCUGUGGCCAAGAUGCUGAGCAUCUUCACAGAGUUCAACUCUGAUUGGCCCAAGGUCAAGGUGGUCUUUGUGGACCCUUCAUUCCCUCACCGGGCCGUCCUGCAGGAGAUCUUCCCUGCUGCCCGCAUCCUCCUCUCCAUCUACCACACAACGCGACUCUUGGAGAAGAAGUUGCAUCGUAGUUCGGCAAAUCCAUCUUUUAAAAGGCUCAUGAAGGAAGCCCUUCGGGAAGCUGUGUUUGUCACUUCUGAUGCCAGCCUCAAAAAUCUUUGUCAGAUGUCCCAGGCCCUACUAGACGAGGAUCUCUUCAAUUUCCUACAGGCCCACUGGUUCACCUGUGAACUGCUAUGGUACAUGCAUGUCAGGAAGGGCCUGCACGCGUGUAACACCUACAUGGACAGCCUAGACAUUGUCACCAGCAAGGUGUCAAGCCUCUUUCGGGAACAGCAGUCCCUACUGGACUGCAUCCUCUGCUUUGUGGAUUACAUAGACUUCUUUAAUACCAAAGGCUUGAAGAACUUGCCCACGGCUCCUCCCAAGCUAAAGAGAGCUCGGCCGGCAAGCAUGCCGCCGAAGUCUAAGAAGGCUUUUAGAAUUUGUGGUGGGAGCCUCACCGGGCUCCCUGUGGAAGAGACAAAACCAGACUCGCAGCAGGUGCAGGUGGAGCAGCAGCCACAGGUGCAGCCCUCCCAGGGUGGCAUGCUAGAUACCUUGCACCAGAGUGGCUCUGAACUAGCUUACAAGCUGUGCCAAAAUGAGUGGGAGGUGGUACAGAGCUCCACCCACCUGGUGGACAUGGCUGGCUCCUCAGUGGACGUUCAGCUGCUAGAGGACUCUCACCAGGUUAGCAAAGAUGGCUGUAGCUGCAGCUGUUCCUUUCAACAGUGGUACCACCUGCCAUGCCGGCACAUUUUGGCCCUUCUGCACACCAGCCAGCAGCCCGUUGGUGAAGCCAUGGUGUGCCGCCGGUGGCAGAAGAAGUACCAGCACCUCCUUGGGCCCAAUGGGGAACUCCAGGACCAUGGCGUGGUCCCAAACACAGGCCAGCCUGAGAGGCAAGGACAAAACAACAUGAUUCAGGACCUAAGCAGGGAGCUGGCAAACCUGCUAAUGCAGACUGAGGGGCCAGAGCUGGAGGAACGCUAUUCCACCCUGCGCAAGAUUGUGGACAUCUGGGCUGACCCCUGUCAGCUGCCUGAGUCCAAUCAGCAGCCAGGAGACUUCAAGGACGUGGGCCGUCUCCCCUUCCUCUGGGGAAAGCAAGAGGAAGGGGAGGGACUCCCUCCGGCUGCAGCCAUGAUUCAUGACUGAAGCUCGUGCACUAACACAUGGGAGCAAAACCCCUCUCCUUAGAAGUUUGAGAGUUCAAAGUGGGCAGGACAUGCUAAGGGACAGCAUUUUAACCAUUGUCUUCCUAGGUAAGGUUGGAAAGAUUGUUACAAUAGGGAGAAGAACCCCACUGUGUGACAGUCUUUGAGUCUGCCCUUUUUCAGCCCUACCUUUGCAUUCCUUGAGAGCCUCAUUCAUUGUUCAAGGCCAAAGUUAUCUCCAUGCUAAAAGGUCACCCCUCUGCCUCCCCCAACCUCUGAGAUCACAUCUUAUUCACCCUACAGAGAUGAACCCCUGCCCUAGGAUAGGGUGAGACAAAAUGGGUCUGGUAAAAGGGCCUAUUUUCAGGGACAAAGGGAAGGAGGAGGGUGAUCUUUGGCUGUUGCUGCUCUUUAUGAACAAUCUGUUAUUUGUAACUAUUUUUAUUCAUUAAAUAAAGCUUUGUUUUGUUUUUUAAAUAAAAUCAAAUAAG